AAAAAAAUUAAUAUGAAAAUUUACUCAAUUAUAUGAAAUAUUCACUAUUUAUGGAUCACGUUUAAGUGGUGCAAAACAAGAUUUAGUUAAGAUCCACUCGUUAAGUCCAUAGGUUGUCUUAUAUUCAGAUAACUGUAUUUUUCGUUAACCGUUUCUCAUUAGUUGACCUCUGGUCUACUGUUUGACUGAGUCACAACUAUAAAACUAUUGAAAUACCUACGCAUACUUCAUUAAUUUACAGUGAAGCAUAUAAAUACAGAAAUUUAGAACUAUACUCUCAACACAAUAAUCUCAAGUCACCAAAUACAACUCUGUCAGACACAGAUGAAGGAAACUUAUUCAUCAUCAGUUCUGAAUAAGAAGUUUGUACGUAAGUUGACUGUGAAUAGUUAUUCAUUUGAAUAAUUGACUGGAAUGUGAUUCGAAAUUUCAUUUCGUCUUCUUUUCUCGGAGAAGUGACUAUGAAGGGAACAUCCAAGAAUGGAAUUACACGUGCAAAUUUUACUCUAAGCUGUGUGAAAACGGUAGGAAUAUUUAUAAAUUUGAAAAGGUUACACUGAAAUCAAGUAUGUGAUUUUAGCGAGUAUGAUGAUCGGGAUGACGUUCGUAAUCACACUGACGGUAUAUUACAUGUAAGUACAUAUAAUGAUUCAUUGUCUGUGCAUCCAUGUAGAGGAAGUCUUCCGACCCAACUUCAACAAAUAUACAUGCCAGUCAUCUUUAUGAUACUGGGUCUAAUCCCUAUAUUGUUGGCACUCUUUGUUAAGAAACUUGGAAAGAAGACAAUAGUGAUUUACGGCCUCUUUCUAUUGACUGUGUUCGUUUGGUCUCUUGCAAUACCUGCUUCAUCUAUAUUUGCUGAGAAACGGAGUAUAGUGUCAUGGCUCGUCGCAAUAUUCCUAGGUUUAUCAUUGGUGGAAGGUGGAUACAAAUUCAAGAAGAUUAGUGGGAAGGCGAAGCUGAUUAUUAUCACUUCGGCAGCGGUUUUGAUGUUGUUGGGUGCGAUUCUAUUUAUGGUGAUGGUAUUAUCAAAACCUCUUGAAAUACUGAAAUUUGUUUCCGGUGCGUUCUUAAUAUUGAGUGGAAUACUAGUGCUGUUUCUAGUCGGGAAAUUUUUGAAAGAAUGCGAUCCAAGUCAGUCGAGUGGUAUUUAUCCAGUUUGGUUGGCUCUAAUCACUUGGUUCGGAGUGAUCUUAUUAUAUAUCACUAUAUGUUUUGUGCUCACAUUCGCCUCGCAGUAGGAUGGACAGAAUACCUCACGAAUAACGUUUUAUUGGUAGGAAAUAAUAAUGUUUUUGUGAAUGGAACAUCUUUCUGCUUGUGAUGAUGACAUUGCUGUUGUUGUUUUAUUUCGCUGUUAUAAGAGUGAAUAUCAUUCGAAAUAUAUAUUUCUGAAUCGUAUGUAUCAACAUUAUUUAAUGUAUA